CAGAUAAUUUUAGAAUUCCCAAAAUGGACCCGCUACCUCCAGUACCAUUUUCGAAUGGAAUAAAUGACACAGUGAGGGUGCUACACGAGACUUUCGAAGAACAAUUAGAGGAAGAUGUAUUUCCCAAAGACGUUGCUAGGAAUAUCGCUUGUGCUGCUGUCGAUGAGGAUUUAAGUUUACAGGAAACCGCUGAAAAUGUUAUGGCAAUUCAUCAAUUUUUUGAAGAGGAAUCUUCGGAUAUUAGCAAGCUUGAAAACGACAUCAAAUCGAACCAUGCGGAGUAUCUGAUCUCGAAAAACCUUAUGGAAAGAAACGAGUUUCUGAGGGAAGUAAUGAAGCUCAAACCCUGCAACAUUUUUGCACCCCUAAAAGUUCACGAUAAGCAUAAAUUUGGCCUUAUUGAAAAAUCGGACUUAUACCCGGACGUUAUCAAGCAAUUUCUCGACUUUCGGUUCAAUACCACCUUGCAUAGGUGCAAGAAGUGCUUUCCUAAGAAAGAAUUUCAAGCCGAAACAUGCACACCUCGUGUCGUCUUAAACCUGCCACGAGAAUCGCAAAUGGAAACAAAAGUAUCAGAAAAAAUUAAAUCAGAACCAGUGCCGAGUUUACCGCAACGUUUCAGGCUGGAGCCUCCUGAGGUGGUUUUCAGGAAUUUUCAUGAAGGGGCCACCUAUGAACAAACGGUGAAAAUCCGAAACGUCGGAUCGGACCCGCAAAGUAUUGUCGUAAAAAAGAAGCCAACAUCCCCGGUGAUUAGUUUAACUUUCGAAGGCGGUUCGAGGAUAGCGGCUGGGAUGUUUACCACCUUUAAAAUCACUUUUAAACCCCUGAACCUUCUAAAUUUCAAAGAUUCAAUCAGUUUUGUCAACAGACAAGGAGAAAUUUUGCUUAUUUCGAUAAAGUGCUUCAGGGAUCCUCCCAGAUUAACAGCAUACGUCCAGAAAUCUAUCGAAUACCCCCUGGUUGUACGGCGCAGGGUUCCAGGAUCCAGAGAGUUUAACAUGAGGAGACAGCACGCUGUCAAUAACACUAUCGACUGCGGAACCUGUUUUACCACCGAGUAUGUUUUGAUUUCCCUGAUUUUGGUUAAUCGGGGUCAUUAUGCCCGAUUUUUCUGGCUCACCGAGGACGACUUUUAUAACCAAACCCUCAAUAACACUUCCACUAAUAUGGAACUGUCCCAAGGUUAUUUCUGGAUAUUUCCCACGUAUUUCGAGAUGGACCCUAACGAGAUUUGCGAGAUAAAUAUCAUUUAUCAGCCGUUACAGUGCGGAAUGCAUGCGGAAACGGUCUUUUUGAUGUGCGAUAAUAAUACGUUUCGUCAAAUCGAAUUGAUCGGGGACGCUGUGUGUCUUAAUAAGCAUAUUAUUACCGUUGAUGUGCCAAACCGAACCAAAGAAAUUGAGACCAAGAAGAACCAUUGCAUUUUCUUGGGCCAUCUUCCAUGUAGCUCUACAUCAAAUUUCACCUUGUCAAUCAUUAACCGAAGCCCUUUAUAUAUAAAAUACGCCUUCGAACUGGCCCAAUUAAAUGAAAAAUUAUCUAUGUGCGAGUGGAUCAAGGUGUCAAACCUGACUGCCAAAUUUUUAGCACCAAAUAGUACCACUGAUGUAAUUUUUGAAGUGCUGAGCCCCCCUGGACUGCAAACAGGAUAUUACAACACUAAACUGAGACUUUUUAUCCUAGACGUUCCAAUAGCCAGCCUGGAAGAAGAUGACGUUUUUUUUGUGAAAACCAAUGGUAAAACGCUUAAGGAAGUAACUGAACAAGUCUCGGUAGUGGACGUUUUGGUUAUGGAUGUUGAGGUCGCUUGUCACAUCGACGAACAGACCCAGGAGGAAGAUAAGAAACCGCCAGAUUUUUGUGAGGGCUGUAGAAAAAAGGACUGCACCUGUGACUUCUGUUCCCCCGAAACCGCUCCAGAAAUGGCCGACCUGGAAUUCGACCCGCCUUAUUUGGAUUUAGGCAUUUUACCACUAGGCGCCGAUAUAUCGCGAGAGAUUCAAAUAAAAAACCUUUCCGAUAAACAGUUGAGUUGGAAUAUCGCCGAACUGAAGUAUAACAUUGACUCUCGACCGCAUUUGCAACUUUUAAAAGAAAACAAUAUUAGCCCAUACAGUGGGCAAAUAAACCGGCAAAAAACCUCCUAUAUCAGAUAUAAUAUCGUCCGUAAACGACCUGCCAGGUACGUCUCGAUACUGAUCCUGUAUGUGAUUAACCGAGAGGCGGACGACAGCAAGCUGAUAGCGGAAAGUAUCUGUUUGGUAACCUACGAGAUAGUCGAACAGAAUAUCGCGAUUAAAACCGGCCACGCAGAUCAACCGAUCUUGUGUCCGUUGGAAAUGCUUUACGUGGGAGUCCCAGUUAGUAUUUCAUUUAAAAUUAAGAAUUUGGGCGUUAUCCCUGCUUGCUUUUACUUCUUUAGUCCGAUCGGUGAUGACGCUUGUAAAAUUAGUCUCGAGUAUAAUCCGCAAUCAGGCCAACUGAACCCAAGAUGUUGCCAGAAAAUCACCCUGAAACUGAUCUGCCACGAAGUGGGAAUCCUGGAAAACAUUUUCCUCCCCUGCUUCAUCGGUAUGCAUCAGGACCCGUUAAAAGUUCGUUUGUUGUGCAUGGUGGACUGCGUCCAUUUGUUCUUUUAUUUGCCUGUGAAAAGCGACGAUUUCCAGAAGAUUUUAUGGCCCCCCAAGGUGAUUUACGAGUACAAAGCCGGGUGGAGCAGCCACUGUUUAUGUGAAGAGCUUCAAGGUGAAUAUGAGGAGACAAUAAAGUCAAUCAAGUCCUCAUACUCCAUGCAUUUAUCGAAUAAGAGUUCCGCGACCUUAAAUGAGUUGAAGAGCCACAUCAAUUUACAAAAAGAAGAAGAGAAAUUCGUUGACGAGAACCAAGAGGUUCUUGAAGCUCUUCUUAGUGCGGAUUCCGAGAUAUUUUUGCAAGACUGUGUGGUCCAAACCAAAGUCAACGUCAAAGAACCCAAAAAGGUGCGUCUGUACUUUGAAAACGUCACUCCGAAUGUCGCGAGGUACUGGGUGCAAGCGACUAAUUUCAGUGCCAAAAUGAACGAGAUCAAGAAAUGUCUUGGGCCCAAGUAUAAGAAAACUGAAGACUAUUGGGAACCGAUGAUCAAAGAUUAUGGAAUAUUGAUCCAACCAGAAAGCGAAUCUGGGUUGAUGCACUCCCAGGAGUUGGUGAUUGUUGAUAUUUGGAUUUAUGCGAACACUUGGGGCGCAUACGUGGAAGAAAUCAUCGUUGACAUUGAGAAUAUUCCCUCGUUUUGCUUUUCUUUGGUGGUGCAAGUGGUCGGUUGUCCUUUGCAGUUGCCACUGGGUAUAGGGGCCAUCACCAAGUACCCUACCAUAAGGUUCGGUACCCUCGCCUUCGAUUCCUGUGAUAUUAAGCGAGACAUUUUAAUAAGGAAUAUAUCUUCGGUUGACGUAAAGGUGCAUUGGCACCUGUUUCAUUACAAUAAGGAAAACCAGGAGGGUGACAAGGAUUCUUUUAAUAUUAUUUGCGACUUGGUAGGGGCCAGUGGGGAAACUUUAAUAAAUUUGGAUGCUACUCAACAGUUUUUUGGUACUGAAACUUUCGAUUUUAUCAAGAUGAAUUCUAGUACAUCAACAGUGAAACGUGGACAAGAGAUUUCCGUGCCGAUUACGUUUCUUCCAUGUAAACUACAAUGUCUCGAUGACAAAAUUUGCAUUCAGUGUUUUAUAUUGGGGAAAGUGUUCUUAUUGAAUGAUGAAGACAACCUAAAGUCCAACUAUUUCUACCGGAAACCGAACUCCUUGGUGAUAGAAGUGACCGCUAGGGUGGAAGUGCCUCGACUCAAUAUCACCAUCGAAGAAGACACGUUGAGGAUUUACGCAAACGAUAUCGCCGUAAAACGGGAAUCCGGGCAUCAUAUUAAAUGUUUACUGCAAAACCCCACCACGGCAUUGAUUAAGGCCCAAUUGGAUUGUUUGGAACCGUUUGUACUAAGUAGCAGAGACGCGAUGAUACGCUUAGGACCAGGACAAUGCAAACAGAUUUCUUUGAUGUGUCAAAUUACGUAUGAGAAAAUCUUAAGGUGGGCCCCCUUUGUGUAUCAACAAACGGAAAUUGCCCCACUGGACCUGCAAGUGACCUCGCAUAGUGAGCUAAGGCUCAGCUCGUCAUUGGACAGAUAUAUAGAUAACGAGAAUAAAGUGAUAACGUUUCAUAAGAAAUUGCGGAUUUAUUUUGAGGGAGGAUUUAAAAAUCAAACAAUACCAAUAAACAUGUCAAUCUUUUACCCAAAUAUCGCCGUUAAACCGACUCACGUUAAGUUGGGCUAUGUACUGGUAGGACGAACCCUAAAAGAGACUAUAUACAUUUACAACUUUACAGGUUGUGAAGUAUUGUUUGAAAUUUAUAAGUCGGUAUCGAACCAAGAAAUCGUCGUUACACCUGCACACGGAGAAGUUCCCAAAAGUACCGGUCUGAACCGUAAUUUCGCGAGGGUGUCUAUUUAUUUCACUCCCACGGAGUGUAAGAACUAUCACGAGAGCAUUAGGAUAAUGACCAAUAUUCCCCAGUAUUAUAUCGACGUUCCUAUUAAAGGCACGGGGUCGUUUAACGAGAAAUUUCUUUAAUAUGUAACUGUUUGAUAAGUAAUAUAUAUUUUUGGUAAAUUC